AUGGACAGAGAUGUUGUUCUUCGACGCAUUCGUCACCACAAGAACUUGAGCAAGGUCAAAAGUGCUUUUCAAGCUCUGAUGGGCAGCUCACAGGAAGCUUCAUCUAUGGCCUCAGUGGACCAGACAUGGCUGCCCCAGGAGGACAUUUUCUCUUCCCCUUAA